GCCCCGCGCCAUGAGCAUCGAGACGCUGCUGGAGGCGGCCCGCUUCCUCGAGUGGCAGGCGCAGCAGCAGCAGAGCGCACGUGAAGAGGAUGAGAAGCACGAGAAGCUCCGCCUGGAGCGGGAGCAGGAGCAGCGGAAGGCCGCCGUGCCGCGGGCCAACCACGCCGUGCCCCCGGAGGAGCCGCGCGGUGAGCUGCUGGUGCCCAUCUCGCCGCCCGCCCCGGCCCCUCCGCCCCCCCCGCCGCCCCCGCCGCUGGCGGCCCCCAUCUCCGUCAUCCCCAUCCCCGUGGUUACCAGCCCGCCGCAGCCCGCCGCCCAGGCCGCCCUGUCCCCGCCUCUGGCUCAGCGCCACCCGCCCCUCGUGAGCGCUCCCGGCAUCACCAAGGAGCCGCCCUCCGUGGCCCCGGUCAUCCAGCGGCCGCCGGGCGCGCUGCUACCGGACGGGAAGGCGGGCACGCCGCCGGCGGGCAGCCCGAAGCAGCUGCAGCACUACGCGGCGCCCGUCCUGGCCAUCUCGCAGCACCACGUGGUCCCGCAGCCCAUCCAGCCCCAGCCCGUGCCGCACCCGGCCCCGCCGCUCGGUGCCCUGAAGCUGGCUCCGGCGGAGGACGCGAAACCCAGCGAGCAGAAGAAGAGGCCUGGAGGGGUUGGGACCAGGGAAGUACAUAAUAAAUUGGAGAAAAACAGACGUGCACAUUUGAAAGAAUGCUUUGAGACAUUAAAACGCAACAUCCCCAACGUAGACGACAAGAAGACCUCAAACCUCAGCGUCCUCAGGAGUGCCUUGCGAUACAUCCAGACUUUAAAGAGAAAGGAAAAGGAAUACGAGCAUGAGAUGGAGCGGCUGGCAAGAGAGAAGAUCGCCACCCAGCAGCGGCUGGCAGAACUGAAGAACGAGUUGAGCCAGUGGAUGGACAUCAUGGAGAUUGACAGAAUUGUUCGGCAGACAGUUCAGCCAGACGAUGACCAGGCAUCUACCUCCACAGCGUCAGAGGGUGAAGACAACAUGGAUGAAGACAUGGAAGAUGACAGGCCUGUGAACUCAUUACCAAAACUAGCCCAGCGCCAGCACCCAGAGCUCCUGAAAGCCGUCCCUUCAAACGCUGCUUCCCAUCACCUGGCGGUUUUGCCUCAGCACCUGUCUAUCCAGCAGAAACAGCCCCCAGCCCACGCACAGCCUUCCAUCCAGACACAAGCACUGGUCCAGCCGCAGGCGAUUGUCCCAGCACAGACUCACAUCGUGGCGGCUUCGACAGUGCAAUCGACUGUUAUCGCCCACACCGCCACUACCCACGCGUCGGUCAUUCAGACUGUCAACCACGUCAUUCAGGGUCCACAGACCAAGCACAUCGCUCACAUUGCACCUUCCACGUCCAGCCCUGUGCAACUUACCACUGCUGCUCAGCCUAUCGGCCACAUCACUGUGCACCCAGCCACCAUCAACCACAUGGCCCACCUCGGCCAGCAGCUGCCCAUCUACCCUCAGCCCGUGGCCGUCAGCCAGCCCGUGGUGAGCCACAUCGCUCACACGAUCUCUCACCAGCAAGUGAAUGGAACCACAAGUCUUGGCCAGCAAGCGGUGAUGGCCAAGCCGGCUGUAGGAACCCAAGUUGUCCAUCACCCACAGCUGGUUGGGCAGACGGUCCUAAAUCCAGUAACUAUGGUAACCAUGCCGUCAUUCCCCGUGAGCACACUGAAGCUGGCCUAGAGAGAAUCGUCCGAAGGUGAAGUCUCUGUUGGGAACCUUUCCUAAACUCCGUACAUUCCAACCACGUCCGACUCCGCGGGUUGAGGUGCAGAGGGGCAGGGCGGGGGGGCUGUGCUCACUGCCCGGCAGCCGGCCUGGCGCGGCCAGAGGGGCCUCUGCACUUGAGUUUUGUUAAUCUGAGAAAACUAAACAGACAGUUGUUCAUGGUGAUUUUUUUUCCUUUUAUGUGUAAUCGGUGAAAUAUGGUUAUGAUGUUCUUAAGACUUUAAUUUUCCCCUUUUAUGUGUUGCUUCUUUGUAGAAUAAAUCUGCUGAUCUCUUUAUUGAGACGUUGCGUAGAAUGGGAAAAAAUCAUAAAAGUCUAUAUUUAUAUAUAUGUGUGUAUGUGUGUGUAUAUAUAUGUAUAUACAUAUAUAUAUAAAUAUAACAUUUGAAGAAGGCCUUUUGUAAGGUUGAUUAUUUUGCAGGAUUAUUAGUCAAAAUUCAGUUUUGGAGGAAGAAGACACAGUGUCCUCUCUAAACAAGAAACUUUACGUAGAUGGUUUGGUGGACCAGGGUACACAGACAGUGACAAAAACAAAGCAAAUUGAACGUUCGAGAUACUUCCCAUCAGUAUAUUACAUUUCAAAAAACCAUCUAAAAUCACUGUGACUUGUUAUGGCAUUUUAAGGAAGUUCUCUGUCCUGUUUAAUAAAAGGAAAAAGAAUACACAACCGGACUUCAUUUGUUGCAGUUUUAUAAAUGACUUGAUUUUUAUAGCUAUGUCAAAAAGGAAAAAAAGUAUUGUUCUUUAUUAUUUUAAUUGAUGACAGUGUUCUGUUUGGAUGCUUUUGGGGGGUUUAUUGUUUGGUUUGGUUUUGUUAAUGCAAUAAUUGAUUUCUGAUAAUUUUGAUAAUUGAAUUACAGGACUGUUUCAGGAUUCCUCGUGCCAGUCCCUAGCCUUAGAUUUUCUGGGUUGGUUUUUGUUUCUGCAGAGGCAGACUCUUUGUGCUGGUGACUUACAGUGUGUUUAUCUGGCCUGAUAACAGUGGAACGUGGGGCAAGAAGACCAACAGAAAUUAAGUUGCUUUGCUGCAUGGUUUACUUUUCUUUGUUAGUUUGUUCCUGAACAGACCACGUUUUAGUGUGGAAGUCAAAGGAUUAGAGAAGUGAUAAACGUGCAUGUGGUAUCUUCCAAAGUGCAAGCAAUUUCGGUACCUUUUUUUUUUUUCUUUUUGGGGAAAAAAAAAUCUGGUCUAUUGUAGGAGAACAGUAUGAGCUCAGUAUGCAUAACCUGACAGUGUGUCUUACAGACUGCAGUGGGACGUGCGCCAAAGAAACUCCGCAUCCUAAGUAACUCUUGUUCAUCUCUAAUGGUAGUGAGGUCUCGUUGCAGUUAAUGGCAAACUCCCACUGAGUCACGAGGUGAGGAAUACUGACUGUGUGCUGGUCCCUGCUGGGGAGUUUGCUUUGGAUGUGUUUUAUUGCUGACUUAUUCUGCUCCGAGCACCGUUUUGUCUAUAGCACUACUGUUAAUGGUCUGUCUGUUCCUUGCACCAUUUUGCAUGUAGUACUACUCUUAAUGAUCUCUUUUCCAUCUUUCUUUCUAAAAACAAAAGCCCUGCAGUCCUCGAUGCAGGCAAAAUCCCUGUUGUAGCCAGUGGACGUUCUCCUUCAGGCAGGAUGAGAGGACGCUCCCUGCUAGCAUCCAACCCGUGUUGGAAACGACACCCAUUCACAGGAGGAGGUAAGACAGGCUUCAGCAGCCAUGAGGCCACUUCAUUGCUCGCCAGCUAACUGGUUCUGCGUCGAGAUCUUCCAGAGAUCUUGGAAAGCUUGGUCUGUAGUGUGCCCAGAACGCCCGUAGGCUCCAGCAGGACUUUUGCCUGGCUGUGGAUAGCUGUGCCAGGGGUAUAAUGAAAAACGCUUGCCGGUUCUGUACUGUCCGUGCUAUCACUGAAACUGUGCUGGAGGCAGCAGUGAUUACUGCAUACGGAAAGUGUGAUUGUGCCUUCUGAGUAGACACGGCUCAGAGUUGCAUCAAAUCUGUAUUUAUUAAGCCCUGAGUUGCUCAGUAGUUAACACUCUAUUGUUUUCUUUCACCCUCAAGUUGAGGAAGCUCUCGCCUGUGCUGUUAGCACAGUUCCUACAGCAGAAUCUGUACGGUUCCCUUAUCUCAAUCACGUUUCAGUAGGAUGAGAGUUGCCAGGUCUUUACUGUCUCUGUUGUACGUUCAGGUGCUUGGCCACGAGAGCCGUGUUCUGUGUGCCCAUGGGACCUUCAGCUGGUGUUUCUAGAGAUGGUCAUUAAUGCUGGGACAGUCGCUCUUCAUCGGAGAACAUUGAAAAAUGAACACAACAGGGUCAUCUCCUUCCUUAGGCAUGGCUUUGUCUUCUGCAGCUGUUUAGAGGAGGAGGAAGUGGCCUCUGCUGUUCUUUGCUGUUCCACCUCGCAGAGCCAUGUGAAAUUACAACAUGGGGGCAGGAAGCCUCAUUUCUGGCCAGCGAUGGCUGAGCUUUUGAAGGAGAAAAAGCCCAGAUUGGGAACUCAGCAGCGUGUGGUUGCUGUGAGCACAACAGCAAAGGAGCACCAGAAGCCCCUUCAGCACCUGGACGUGGAUCCUGUUCUGCAGGCGCUGUCAGGGAGGCACAGGGGCAGCACGCACCAUUCUGCUCUUGAUAUGUGCAGUUCUGUAUGACGGCUUACUUCUUGUAUUGAAAAACUUGACUCCCACCUUAAUUCCAUUGGCUUCUUAUCCCAUGAGAGCUGAUGCUGGCUCACUGGCGGCAGCACAGCCAUACUGAGCUGCACAGAGUGUGUAGAGUGAGAGAAGGGUUCCUGUUCUCUGAUGCGGGCAGUGACUUCCCGGUGGAUUAUUAAUGGCCUUUUCCCUGUGGUCGUGGUCCCCCUGCCUCCCUCCCUCCUCCCGCUGUGGUGGUGUCACUUUGCCCUGCUCUGCUGUCAGCUUCUCCCCCUCAGCACUGUCUCCCACCCUCGGUGCAAACCUUCACCCUCCAAGGCUCGCCCUGCCCAGCAGCCGACCCAUCUUUUGGCCGUCAGCACUGCAAUUCUUUGCCUUCUCCGUGGCUGCGAGAAGCAUUUCUUCAUUUCUGUUGUGUUUUAAAGCUGGCCAACUUCUGUUCUGUGGGACACGGCGAGGUGCAGCCCUUUCCCCAUGGCUGUCAUUCCUGCCCAGAAACCGCAGAUUUGUGCUCAUGCUCUUAGAAAUGUUCAGUACUGUAUAACAAGGGGCACUUUAGAAAUGUCUCUCCUCCUUUGAUAUGUGUUUUCCCUAUGGAGAAAGCUAUAUAUAAAUAAAUAUAUGUGUACACUUGGGGAUUCAGAAGAUCUAAUUUGUCCCAAAAAAAAAAUAAUCAAUAAAUACAAAGUUUACAAGAAA